CUCUCUCUUUCUCUCCCUCUCUCAUGAGCGCAACUCUUUCCACAUUUUUUUGAACAAAAAAGAAACUUCUUUCCGCAUUUUUUUGGAUCAAAUUUCUAGGUUUGAUUGAUCGUUAAUUUUUGGUCUCCAUUCUCUUUAGAUUGGGCCAUGCAUAUCUGGUCAGAAUUGAUGUAUUCCGAUAACGUGACGCCUCGGCCUCCUCAAGGUGGAGGCGAACCCUCAACCGACACAGACGAUGGAGAACCCACAAUAGACGACGACUUGAUUUCUCAACUUGAAAAACUCUCGAUGGACAGUGGCGACUGGAGGAGUCAAUCUCUUCCAAAUUCACGACAAGAGAUUACCUACAAGAUAUUUGAUACAUUGAAGAGUCAUCCUUCUGUAUCUGGUCACGAGGAAUUGCAAGAACUCUUGAAAAUGGCCGUGACGUUUGAGGAAAAUAUUUAUACUUCUUCCACAAGCCAGUGGGAGUAUCUACAAAAAGUUUCUCUAAGGAUGCUUAAAGUGGAUACCAUGAUUCAGAACACAGUGGAUAAUUCAUUACAACCAACUCCUGCGGGUAAUAGAAACUUCUGCAACAUGCUUUUUGACAUGGAGAGAAAAUGA